AUGUCACGAGUUAUCGCACCCGCUUCUAAAUCACUUUUUAGAAGAUUGUGGAGAGCAGGUGAUUCGUCAGUAUUAUAUUCAAGACCAGCUGUUUAUUAUGUUAGACAGAGGAUUCGAGAGGGAUUUGAAGAAUAUAAGAAUGUAACUAAUGAAAAUAUUUUAAAUGAUCUUUUUGAACGUUGCGAAAAUACUAUAAAAUUCUUGGAAAUUUCUGCUAAAAGAAAAGGAUUUGAACAUAAAGUUAUUUAUUCCUUGUGCGAAAUGACUUACAUUCAAAAUAGAUAUAAAAGACG